AGAAUCUAUAUUCUGUGUACACAAUUAAAUCUUUUCAGCUGCCUCUCACUAUUACUUCACUAAUUUUAUAAUAAUUAACUUCUGCCAUACAUUCGCCCAAGAUUAAUUAUUUAAAAAACGUUUCACGUUUAAUUCGAUGCUGCAAAAUUUUUAUAGUAAGAAAGAGGUGGAUUAAGCCGAACUAAAAAUAAAUAAACUAAUAAUGGGGGACAGUGAGGGAAGUGUAGAUAUUCCUACCGGAAAUGGAGAUAUUUCUGUAACCGGAAAUGGAGGGGUGGUACAAGGUCCAAAAUGGGAGUGGAUCGGAUCUCACGACCAGCGGCUGAAAAAUAUGCUCGUAACCGGAUUCCAAAGUGAUUUGACCCUCGUGCUAGGUCAAGAAGGGUUAAAGGUUCCCGUCCACCGAAUCUUCCUUCAGACUGGGUCGCAAGUGUUAAAUGGCAAAAUAAAGGAAUCCGCCAAAGAGCUAAUAAUUGAUAACGUGGACACGCGCAUUUUCAAAAUGCUUCUCCAGUAUUUUUACACUGGGAAGUCCGAGGUCGAAAUGAUUGAUGCAUUGGAAUUAAUGCAGCUCGCUACGGAGUAUGAGGUUUCUGGUUUAAGGGACGAUUGUGCUGCUAUUUUGAAGGGAGACUUGUCAGUGGAAAAUAUUCUUCCCUUGUUCCAAAGUGGGAUGCAGUAUGCUCACGGUGAUUUUAUUCAAUGCACGCUCAAGUUUAUUUGCGAUAACGCCACAGUAGUCCUAAAACGGGAAGAGUUUGCCAACCUGCGUCUGGAAUGUCUGAUCGAAAUAAUACAGCAGGAUUCGCUGAAGGUUUUGAAAGAAAUGAAGGUUCUUGAAGCCGUUCAUCGGUGGGGUUUGGCCGAGUGCAAGCGAAAAAAUUUGGAUCCUACAAAUGCUGAAAAUCUUAGAAGCUGCCUCGCCAAACCGUUGAACCACAUUCGAUUUCCAUUAAUGGAUCCUGCCGAGUUUGCUCUAAACGUGACUUCGAAGAAGCUUCUUAAUACGGAUGAGUCAAUGGAACUGCUGACCUGCUUCCUCGUUCCACCGAAGAAAAGAAACCUCCUCCCACCUGGCCGAUUUGUGUCAAGCCCUCGUCACUUUAUUAGUGGAGAGACCACCGUUACUCGACCCAUUACUGACGACAUACGAAAAAUUGAUAACGUGGAAAAUGUAAAUGGCACAGAGGCAAUAGUGAUUCGUGCAAGUGAAAGCGUGCUGCUGAAGUCGAUUUCGAUUCCUAAGGAAAUUCUGCAAUUUGAAGCUAAUUUGGAUUAUUUUUAUGAUUUGGUGCAAGCUACAUUGACAAUUUGCAAUGGAAGUGAUUCUCAAUACAACGUUGGGACCGAAAUUGACACAACCCUGGACAAUAUUAAAAUUUGCUUAAAACCACCAUAUCAAAUGGACAAGCAGGACGGUUGGACUAAGAUAAUGUUAACAUUAUCUGGUCAGAUCGGCUACAACAAUGUUACAUACGAUUCAUACAGGCGAGAAGUGAAAACCAGGGCUAAUUCGAACCUAGAUGAAAAAUUAUUCCCUGAAAACCAGCCAAGCAGAGUGGUCACAAAUUAUGAAGGUUUUACGACUCGCGGAGAUUUUCUUGACGUUGAGAUAAAACGACCAGAGGGGGAGGGAAUAGAAUUAGCUUACGGGUUUAUUGAGGAGUUGGAACUUGAAGCUGUUUAAUGUGCAUGUCCACCCUUUUCAUGUCUCUGGUCAUAGGUUAAAUGAUUUUUGUCAUUUCUUGUAUCUUUUUUGUGUUGCAUUUUCAUUUUGUAUUACAUUUGUAUUACAUUAUUAAAUAUGGUUCAAAUCCAUCGAAUUUAAUUCUGGAAAUAUUUUCUUUUCUGCUAAUAAACAAGCAAUAUGUUUAACUA